GUGGCCACUCAGCCCCCCCGACCCUGCCGGGCCUGGCCGCCCGCUCUUCCCUCGGGGGCGCCGUCCGGGCUCGGGCGCGAGGUGACUUUCUUGCAAAGGCCUGACUUUUUUCAACUAGUUUGUAUUGCCUGUCAAGAAUUUUCAUGCUGACUCUCGGAAACCUGCUGCAGAGUCUUCCCUGUUUACUAUUCAGUGCUGUUUUCAUCUUCCUUUAGCAGGUUGAAGUUCAUGAGUUCGCCCAGCCUCAGUGAUCUGGGCAAGAGAGAGCAGGCAGCCUUGGAUGAGCGGGGGACCCAGCAGCACCGGGCCUGCUCCAACGCUACCUGGAACAGUAUCCACAAUGGAGUGAUAGCAGUAUUCCAGCGUAAGGGUCUCCCAGACCAUGAGCUUUACAACCUCAAUGAAGGAGUCAGGCAAUUACUGAAAACAGAACUGGGAUCAUUUUUCACUGAGUAUCUGCAGAAUCAGCUGCUCACAAAAGGCAUGGUGAUCCUAAGGGACAAGAUCCGGUUUUAUGAAGGGCAGAAGCUACUGGAUACCUUAGCUGAAACCUGGGAUUUUUUCUUCAGUGAUGUCCUGCCCAUGCUGCAGGCUAUUUUCUAUCCUGUGCAGGGAAAGGAGCCCUCAGUUCGGCAAUUGGCUCUUCUGCAUUUUAGGAAUAUAAUUACCCUCAAUAUCAAAUUGGAAGAUGCAUUAUCCCGUUCCAGAGCCAGAGUUCCACCCUCUAUUAUUCAGAUGCUGUUAAUACUUCAGGGGGUUCAUGAGUCAAAAGGUGUGUCUGAAGAUUAUUUGAAACUGGAAUCCCUGAUCCAGAAAGUUGUUUCUCCUUACUUGGGCACGUACGGUCUGUAUUCCAGUGACGGACCCUUCACGCACUCUGCCUGUAUCUUGGAGAAGCGGUUCUUCAGACGUUCCAAGUCGGGUGACAUCCUUGCCAAGAACCCCGUGGUGCGAUCAAAGAGCUACAACAAUCCACUGCUGACGCCGGUGGCCGAGUAUGAAACUGAGAGCAUAGCUGCCAACGGAACCGGCAUCCGAAGGCACUCCGUCUCAGAAAUGACGUCCUGCUUGGAGCUCCAGGGGUACUCCAACCUCACCACCAUCAUGGACAACGGUUCCAAGAGCUCCGUGACAACCAUGAAAAGCUCACUGCCAGGAGACCAGGAGAGGCCCAGCACUGGGUCAGUGCAGUGCGCCAGCAAACUCAGCACGGCUGAGCAACAGAAAGGACUCUUCCACUCAACUGGCGACCCACACAGGUCUUUUGAGCUAGACAGAGACACUUCCUUACUUCCAGUUCCCUCUUCCAGCCCUGAGAACAUAGUGGAUCAGAUUUUGGAGUCCAUCGACUCUGAUUCUGAAGGCAUUUUCAUUGAUUUUGGCCGAGGCUGUUCCAAUUCAUCAGCAUACAAUGUGGAUGUGAACAGACAGAGCAUUGUGUGAAGGAUAUUAGGAGACAAACUGUGGGGUUUUAUAUUAUAUGUGAAAGUUGCUAAGACAGUGUGUCAGACUAUGGGCAAGCUGUCUAUGCCUGGGCAGAUUUAAGGCAGAUUUGCCAGGUCAUCAUGGCUGUACUGAACAAACACCAUUUGUUUAUAGUAGGUGGGAAUCUGCUGAGGGAGAAGCAACUUCAACCGCUUUUCCCCAUCCCUGUCACCCUGCAGAUGGAUUUCCUAUUUCUUUAUAAACUUAGGAGUUCACAAACUCACAAGUGUCUGGUAAAAUACUAUUAGUGCAGCUGGCAGUGUUUGUUCAGGAAAACAGCUCAGCAAAUAGCUUUGCUCACUUCUGAUUUUCUAAAGAGGUUACCUGCUGAUGGUUGGUUGUUCUCUGAACUGUAACACCUCAGCCAGAGUAGAAACAUAUCCUUUCAAAACAAACAAAGAAACACAAAAGGCUUUGGGCUUUCAUGCCACAGAAUACAAUAAUAAAAAAGUCUCUUUUAAUCUUUUUUCUUGUACAUCCUUGUAUGCACUCCUUUGCCUAAUGGUGACUUAGAGUUCUUGAAGAAAGGCAAAUAAACAGAAAUACACUUCCUGAUGUUCCACAA